AUGUGGGUAGUCAGGGACGCACAAUCGCCUCCCACAGGGGAGAAGACACCUGUCCUCCUCUGUGAUGAAGAAUCAUCCUCUGAUGAUGAUGUGUUCUUCUGCAGUUUACAAAGGAAACUUUCUUCAAUGACAAAAAAAUAUUCCAAGGAUGAUGACUCGAAUUUAGAUAAUAGUUCAAAAAAAGCUGCUCGACGAGCUGAGAAAAGUGUGAAGCAAAAAGAACCAACUAAAACUGCACAGGAUAAUAAAUACAACAAAACAAUAUUAGAUGGUACUCCUGUACGUCGUAAUUUUCGAUUAAAUCAGAUUGAACAAGUUGUUAAGAAACAUAUUUCUUUACCUAAGAGUUUAAAAAAUCCACAUGACAAAAGUCGAAAGAAUAGUGUUCAAAGAACUUGGGAGUAUUCAUCUCAUCAAAGUCAAAGCACUCAAAUAAUGCUCAGAGCUUCGGUCGGUACGCAGGUUGAAGACUGCCUACAACAUGCAGAAAAAUCAAUUUCGUCAUUUUCCAAUACAUUUAACGAUAAUAAUGAAGACAUUUCGGAUUCUAAGAACUUUCAUGCUCAACUUAAAACGGAGGAGAAGUCUCCCAUAAUUAGUGAUGAGUCCGCAAGCAGGAAGGCUCGAACACGCUCGAAUAAAUAUGGGCGUGAGAGGUUUGAAUAUGCUCGAUUCUGGCAUCUGCUUGAAUUUGCUGGGUUCUUUCGCCCAAAAGCCUCGAGGACUCCUGAAAAUUCAAAUAGAUUCAGUUCCAUUUCAACUUGUACACAGACUGAAGAACUUGUCUAG